GGCCUGCUUUGGAAGGCUCCGCUGCUCCCUACACAGUCCUGAGACGACAGCUGGGGACCCAGGCUUCCCUUCCUGAUACAGGGAAUGGGGGGUGUCGUGGCAGAGGCCCCUGACCCCUGCCCACCACCUCCCAGCCCCAGGAUGCUCCCUUUUGCCUCCUGCCUCCCCGGGUCUUUACUGCUCUGGGCGCUUUUGCUGCUGCUCUUGGGAGCAGCGUCUCCACAGGAUUCCGAAGAGCCGGACAGCUACACGGAGUGUACAGAUGGGUAUGAGUGGGACGCAGACAGCCAGCACUGCCGGGAUGUCAAUGAGUGCCUGACCAUCCCUGAGGCCUGCAAAGGUGAAAUGAAAUGCAUCAACCACUAUGGAGGCUAUUUGUGUCUGCCUCGAUCUGCUGCCGUCAUCAAUGACCUACAUGGCGAAGGACCUCCACCACCAGUGCCCCCUGCUCAACACCCUAAUCCCUGCCCACCAGGCUAUGAGCCUGAUGAACAGGAGAGCUGUGUGGAUGUGGACGAGUGCGCCCAGGCUGUGCAUGACUGUCGCCCUAGCCAGGACUGCCAUAACCUGCCUGGUUCCUACCAGUGCACCUGCCCUGACGGUUACCGAAAAAUCGGGCCGGAGUGUGUGGACAUAGACGAGUGUCGCUACCGCUAUUGCCAGCACCGAUGUGUGAACCUGCCCGGCUCCUUUCGCUGCCAGUGUGAGCCAGGAUUCCAGCUGGGACCUAACAACCGCUCUUGUGUGGAUGUGAAUGAGUGUGACAUGGGAGCCCCAUGUGAGCAACGCUGCUUCAACUCCUAUGGGACCUUCCUGUGUCGUUGUAACCAAGGCUAUGAGCUGCACCGGGACGGCUUCUCCUGCAGUGAUAUCGAUGAGUGCAGCUACUCCAGUUACCUCUGCCAGUAUCGCUGUGUCAAUGAGCCAGGCCGCUUCUCCUGUCACUGCCCACAAGGCUACCAGCUGCUGGCCACGAGGCUCUGCCAAGACAUUGACGAGUGUGAAUCAGGUGCACACCAAUGUUCUGAGUCCCAAACCUGUGUGAACUUCCAUGGGGGCUACCGCUGUGUGGACACCAACCGUUGCAUGGAGCCCUAUGUCCAAGUGUCGGACAACCGCUGCCUCUGCCCUGUCUCCAACCCCCUGUGUCGAGAACAACCUUCAUCCAUUGUACACCGCUACAUGAGCAUCACCUCGGAGCGAAGUGUGCCUGCGGACGUGUUUCAGAUCCAGGCAACCUCUGUCUACCCUGGUGCCUACAAUGCCUUUCAGAUCCGUGCUGGAAACACACAAGGGGACUUCUACAUUAGGCAAAUCAACAAUGUCAGUGCCAUGCUGGUUCUUGCCAGGCCAGUGACAGGACCCCGGGAGUAUGUGCUGGACCUGGAGAUGGUCACCAUGAACUCUCUUAUGAGCUACCGGGCCAGCUCCGUACUGAGACUCACCGUCUUUGUGGGAGCCUACGCCUUCUGAAGGAGACCCUCAGGGAAGGGUUGGGUGGGGCCCCUUUCUUUCUCCCUCCCAUAGCUUAAGGAGCCUGGGGUUUAGGGAUGACUGUUCUGCUUAAAGAGACAAUGACGUGAAGGACAAUAAAGGGAGAAAGGAGUCCUAGUGGCCAAGGUGGGUGAGUAACCUCAGCCUGGGAAGGGGCUGGGCUUGUGAAAGCAGCAGGCAAAUUUCACCCGAAGGGUCCUCUCUGCAUUCAGGCUGAGAAGGUUCCAGAGCCAAGAGUCAUCCUUCAUAAUCAACCUGCGCAGGGAGUUCUAAGGAGUGUACACUUCAGGCUUUAACACAGAGCUUGGCUGAGGCUAGGGCCCAGAAACCACAUUCAGGUCAGUGCCUGGAGGUCUGGGUUUACCAUCCUAGCCUUACCCCAAACUCUGCAUUUGGACGAGCCCUACUGUUCUCCAAUCACCAAAAUGAGGCAACUGGACUGAGAA